GGAAGUGAGAGCAAACCAAAGCUGUGUUCCUCCUGUACCUGCCUCGGUUCUUAGUGGGGUGUGGGAUAGAUGGACGGGGACAAUAGGCAGAUUAACCGGGACAGAGGGGGGAUGCACCCUUGCAUCAAUUACUCAGUCAGCGAGAAAUCCCACCAAAUGAACUCUGGUUGCAGGUCAAAGCUGUUCUCCGAUUCCACGGUCAAAUUAGCCCUCGCUUGGGACUCCAUAAUAGGGACUGCAGGUGAGGUGAAUGAGCUCUCAGACACAGAUGCUUCAGGAACACGCCCUGAGGAACAGAGACAGGAACGGGAACAGGGCGCCGAGGCUGCUGUGGGUCCUGAGCGAGCAGUUUUAAGGAGCCCCCCCGCCCCCGACUCCCCGCGAAGCACAGCGCCCACCAGUGAGCCAGCCUGGUCCCGCUUUGACCUCCGGGAUCCGGGCCUUCUGAGGACAGAUCUAGAGCUCGUGAACUGGGGCUUCGCCAGGCACAUUUAUGACUUCUUUGCCUUUCAACUCCUGGAGAGCCCCAGAAGAAUGCCUCCAUUAUUCCGAGGGUUCACCUAAACGGUCUCCCAGCUCAUUCCCGACUUGGAGGUCCUGCGAGUCCAGGAAGUGCCGUGGCGGAAGGAAAAGGAACCCAGGCUUUGAAGUCAGGCAUACCCGGUUGCGAGUGCCGGCUCUCGAAUCUACUAAGCAGUGUGACUUUGGGCAAACUGUUGAACCUCUCGGAGCUUCAUAGCCUCAUCUGAAAAACUGGUCCGAUGCCAACUAUCAAAUUGUUGCCGUAAAGGUCAAGAAAGUACUUAACGGGACGUGGGAGAGAGUGCCUAGCUUAGUGUAGUUGCCGAUGUCAGCAUCAGAUUCUGCUUUUCGUUAUUCACGUGAGGCUCCGAUGGGUCAAAAACAGAGGCCGUCGUACAUUUGAAUAUUGCUUCUUCCUUCUCAUCCAGCCCCCCACCCCUCCUUCAGAAAGAGAGAAAAAAAAAAAAGGAAAUAAGCAGUAACCCUCAGAGGCCCUUCUGAAAGCAUCACCCAUCCAUUGAAAUGUACUUU